CGCUGACAUCUCCCAGCAGCCGUUGGGUGCUUCCAACCAAGCCAUUAUCACACAUUGAUAGACCCGAUCGCUACCACCCGCUGACUGCGAGUCACCAGCGCUUCGACCCACUCGACCAGUUCCCACCACACCGCGCCGGAUUCGCGCCCUUUUCCUUCCACCAUGGGCUUCGGCGACUUUGUUUCGAUAUGCGAGAAGACUCCCAUUCCACUAUGUCUUCUGAUAGGACCGAGCUCCCCGAUCACAGGCGCACAUAGCGUGCAAAGCAACUGCUACGCACGAUCCAUCGAACUGGCGAACACGAUCAUCUUCGAAGCCGCGGCUGGUUUCGCACACAUUCUCACCCUUACAAUGCUGGUUAUCAUGAUAAUACACGUGCGGAGUAAAUUCACGGCAGUCGGUCGCAAAGAGAUGACAUCUUUCUUCUAUCUGUAUACUUUGCUCACGAUGUGCUCACUUGUCAUCGACUGUGGUGUUGUCCCACCGGGCAGCAGCGCGUACUCAUACUUCGUUGCAGUACAGUGUGGCCUUGUCUCGGCGACAUGUAUUUGUCUGAUGAUUGGAGGCUGCGUCGGCUUCGCCAUGUACGAAGACGGCACGACACUCUCCGUCUGGUUGAUCUACGGAUGCAGCACUGUGAUGUUCCUGAUAUCAUUUGCAGUUUCACUGCUGACCUUCAAGAGCUGGGCUGGACUCGGACCGGAAAACACAACUGGGCUGUUCGUGGUCGUCUACCUUUUCAGCGCCAUCUUUCUGGCGAUCUACAUCGUCUGCCAGGUAAUCAUGGUCCUCGGAACACUGGAGCAAAGAUGGCCCCUAUUGCAUAUUAUCUUGGGAGUCGUGGCUCUCAUUAUAGGCCAGGUCCUGCUGUACGCGUUUAGCGAGAUAAUAUGCGACAACGUGGAGCAUUAUCUGGACGGCUUGUUCUUUGCGACGUUGCUGAACCUGUUGGCUGUCAUGAUGGUCUACAAGUUCUGGGACAGCAUCACCCAGGAGGAUCUGGAGUUUAGUGUCGAGGAAAAAUCGCACAAUUGGGAGAUCAAGGACAAUCAGCCAUUCCUGGAGGAGGACCUCAAGCACAACACAUUCUAUCAGCAAAGCGACAAUGGAAGUGGCAUGUUCCACCAAUCCGGGCGUCGAGGAAGUGCGUAUGGAUAUUAAUCGACUCGAAAUUUAUAUUUUUGAUGCAUAGCGCGGCGCAGCAGACCAGGAUUUGCCCACCAAACAGAGUGAAUGUAGUCAUCUCUAAUGUCAUAACGAAGGUCAAGAUACGAUUUGAGUACCCGGAUAUGACCUUUACCGCUUCUUCAAAUCGUUGAUAACCAUGUAUCGCGAAAUUCCAAUCCACCCCCAUCGAAACCAUCGCAUCUGGCUCACGUGUGCCGUAGUCAUCGCUUGCUGCGCCUUUCUCACAUCCCCAGGUAAGCUCACCAUGAGCAACGGACUGGCAAAAGCCCCCCGUUCUUUCUUCCCCAACACAAUCGCCAGCACGCUCACCAACGAGUCCAACACACUACUGUACUUUCGCACCAUAUUCGUCGUCGUCAACGUAUACAGCUUCACAGGGUUCUCCCACCCAGUAUGCUUCAGCAUCAAAGUUCUCAGAAAAGUCGUACAGCCAUGUAGCAGCGAAAUGUGAUUGGGAUGUCCACUGAUUCCGCCUUCGUCGAAUGUGAUCAGGACGUCAAUGAGGGUCUCUGGUGGUGGAGCUGCUUUCUGCUUCUUGGAAGUGGUAGUGGUGGAGGCAGAGGCAGUGGCAGAGCCCACAUUCUUCGUCGUCGUCGUCGUCGUCGUCUGAGAAGGAGCAAAAUACUUCAUCAAAGUCUGCGAAAUGAGUUUCGCAUCCCACGUAGUCGUCAUAGAAUCCGGAAAAUUGUUCUCGUCCUCAAUGACCACGAUAUGUUCAGGUUUCCGCAGACCUAGCAGGAGAGCGGAUGCUACGAGUUCUUUUUUGCGAAUGUGGCCGAGACCGUCUGCGUCGCCGCUGCUGAAGCAUAAUAUUACAACCUGAUUGCCGAGUUCUGGGCGCGUGAGAUGGCGGAUCGUGGGAGCGAAGAACAUGGCUUCGUCGUCUGGGUGGGCUAUUACGAGGCAUAUCCGCUUGCCGGUGAGGGUUGGGAAUGCUCUGGUCAUGUAGGCUGUGAAGAGCCAUAAUGCCAGGAUGAGGAUGGGAAUUUGCCAGGAGAGAGUGUGCAUCUUGAGGUUUUUGGAAUACCGUU